AUGAUCACCAUACGCCCAACUGGAGGAGCCCUCCUUUGGCUCCUUUUGAUCUCCUUCUGCUUUAUAUUUACCAGUGCCAAUGCACAAGAUUGCAGUGCUUUGAACACAUGCGCUACUGGAUGCUGCAACAAAGGCGGAUACUGCGGAAUCGGUGAUGAUUACUGCGGUUCCGACUGCGUUGCGAAUUGUGAUUACGAGCCAGAAUGCAGUGUCUCGAAGCCCUGUGCAAGUGGAUGUUGCAACAGCUAUGGCUAUUGUGGUCUGGGACCAGACUUUUGUGCCGAUAAGGUUUGCGUGGGAAACUGCGACAGCAAGGCAGAGUGCGAUCCCGGCAAAUAUGGUGACUAUGCGGAAUCUUCCAAAUGUCCAUUGAAUGUCUGCUGCUCGAAGUUCGGCUUCUGCGGCACUACCGAAGAAUUUUGUGGCAAGACAAAAGUCAAGCGCCCUUCCUGUGACAAAGAUGGAUCUCUCAAUCGAGUCGUAGGGUACUACGAGGGUUGGAGUCCUUCACGUCGCUGUAAUACGUUCUACCCCGAACAAAUCCCCGUGGGCAUCUACACACACUUGAAUUAUGCUUUCGCGUCGAUCGAUCCAGAUACAUUCGAGAUCGUCGCGGCCACCGAGAGCGAGAAAAAGCUGAUGACGCGCUUGACGGAUCUUAAGAAGGUCGAUCCCGAUCUCAAAGUCUUCAUUGCCGUUGGUGGCUGGACUUUCAAUGAUCCUGGAGCCACCCAAACUCUGUUCUCGGAUCUCGCUGCGUCGGAAAGCAAUCAGAAGAAAUUCUUCAAGUCCCUCCAGAGUUUCAUGUCCAUAUACGACUUUGAUGGGAUUGAUCUUGACUGGGAGUAUCCCGUGGCGGAUGACCGUGGCGGUCAAAAGAAAGAUUUCGACAACUUCCCCAAGUUCUUGGCCAAUUUGAAGAAAUCCCUCAAGUCUACUGGUGGCCGCGAUGGAGUCAGCAUUACACUGCCCGCUUCUUAUUGGUAUCUUCAACAUUUUGAUAUCGCAAACCUACAAAAACACGUCGACUUCUUCAACAUCAUGACCUAUGAUAUGCAUGGAAAAUGGGACUUGGGCAGUGAAUGGGUUUCCCCUAUGCUCGACUCUCAUACCAACCUAACAGAGAUUACCAAUGCUCUCGAUUUGCUCUGGCGAAACGACAUCAAGUCUGAUAAGGUCGUCCUGGGUCUUGCAUUCUACGCUCGAGUAUUCACUGCUGCUGACCCGAGCUGCAUGGAGCCUGGUUGUUUGUUUGUUUCCGGUGGAAACGCUGGGAAAUGCAGUCAAGAAGUUGGCAUCUUACUGAAUUCUGAAAUUAUGGACAUCAUGGAUAAGCAGUCCCUACAGUCCACGCUGGAUAAGGAGGCUGCCGUGAAGAUUCUCAAAUUUGACGACAACCAGUGGCUUACCUACGAAAAUUCAGACACAUUUAAGCUGAAAGCCGACUUUGCCCGAAGCCAAUGCCUUGGUGGUGUGAUGGUGUGGGCGGUUUCCCAUGAUUUACCCCAAUGUAACUUUUCCCGAGCCCUUGGAGAUGCCGUGGGCCGAGAAGUGAAGUCCCUUGUCAACAGCGGUGAAUUAGCGUCAAUGGAGGUCAAAAAGACCCAUCCGCAGUGCAAGUGGACGAAUUGCUUCGACGAUUGCCCUAGUGGAUGGUCGCGGGUUCGCCGUACAGAUGACGGUGCCCGUGAAGGCGAGCACAUGUGGGAUUCUACCGCAUGUAGUUUUGGACAGCAUACGUUCUGCUGCCCUCCUGAUGCCGAACUUCCCAAAUGUGGAUGGUAUACCCAUAACAAUGGCAAAUGCAAUUCGGAGUGUCCUUCUGGCUACACUGAGAUUGGAUCCAACAUACAAUACUGUUCUAACGACUUUAACGACUACCAAGCUGCUUGUUGUACAACUGAAACUCCCAGUAUGAAACUUUACUCCAAGUGUGACUGGGCGGGAAAACCACGGAAAUGCGACGAGGAAUGCCCUAGUGGCAAGUCCGAGGUGGCUCUGUCAACUACCGGCAGUGGUGGUGUAUACUGCGACGUUACUUCUUUCAAAUACACAAUGAACGGCCAAGAGGGCACAAGUUGGGAGGAACGCAGCUACUGCUGUAGUGAGGAAGACGAUGUUGAAUGGAGUAAAUGCGAAUGGCGUGAUGACAUUGGCCUGAUGCUCGACAAAAGCUAUGUUGACGGUUACUGUCUCCCCGGCUGUCCGGAUGAAUACGUGCGUGUCGCUAUUGAUCAACAUGGUGGUGGUUGCAAAGGCGACGGUGGCCGAGCCAAAUGCUGCUUGCCAAAAUAUUCAACAGUCAGCAAGAGAUCAUACACCACGCGGGAACAGAGUCUUGAUGACUUGGUUAAAGGGUUCAUGGAUGAUCCGAGUUGUGGAGCGGACGAUUACAACUUGAAGAGGGAUCUCGCGGGCUUUGAAUAUUCUGUGGGAAAUACCUCUUUGUCCGAUCUGUCUGUUAAUGCAGCCUACGAAGAGAUCUGGAAAAAACGUGUGCUGCCAUCAUACCCACAUCUUACAGUCAAGGCUAUUCGCAAUUACCUGACUACGUCUGAGGACUGGGCUGAAGGAGGUAUAAGUUAUAAACUAGAGAAGGUUCUUUGCGCCCCAAGCAUCUUCGACAGCAAGUUUGCAGAAAGAAGCAUUGUCUCCUGCGCAUGCGAAACAAGCGAUUGCUGCGAUGCAAACGAUCCGGAUUCCUGUUCGGAUCUUGACGGUGAUGAUGAUGAUUCUACUGCUCUUAGCAAAAGAGUUUUAGAUAAGAGAGCCUCGCGAACGUUCGAUGUCGAUUUAUCAGACGGUGGAGCGCAUGCUACGAUCACUUCUUGGACGUAUAUCGUGCGUGGCAACAUUCGAGGAAAUAAUCCCAUCUUGGAUGAAGGUUAUACCUACGAUGACGCUGAGGACUGCCUCAAUACUCAAAUCGCUUUGAUGUCAGUUUCGAUGGCGAAUAUCGGAAGAUAUCAGGUCGAACAUGUCGUUGAGUUGAACACCGUUGCCUUUUUCCUGAGAGAUGCAGCCAAUGGGGUCCUCAGGUCUGGUGGUGUGAUGAGACUCGGUCGAAUUUCAGUGACCUUCGUUAGACAGGCUCUGAUGGCGCCAGUUCUUACCAACCCACCAGUAAUGACUGGUGCCGACCAAUCCUUGACUCCCAUGACCCGGAUUAUGCAUGCUUUGGGUAGCCUGAACAACCAAGCUGAUUUCAACCUUUUGCUUAAUCGUUUGAACAACUUAAAAUCCAGGCUCUGGCUUUCAAAAACACUCAUCGCUGAUGAAAAAAUGGAGAAAGCAAUCUCAGCCGAUGACCCGAAUCGCGCAUUGAUACAUCUCCGCGAGCCCCUCACUAUUAUUUCCUAUCUCAACCAUCUCAGAGUCCAGCCUGACAUGAUCGACACUUUUAACACAAUUCACGUAGAAUUCGGUCGAGCAGAUACGUACUGGGUGAAUGCUGGACAUCCAAACCCGCAGUCGCAAGCCAGAUGGGAUGAAUGGGUUCCUGACUUAUUAGAUAGUGCCACUCAGAAUGUUCGCACGUUUGUUGAAAAUUGGGGGGAUCAGAUGUAUAGGUUUUGGGCAGUCCGGACUGGUGAUAACGUUGCGCAAACGCUCGAGAUCAUUAUGGCUUUGCGAAGACAGGCUAAAACUGCGAGGAUUAAUCCGAAUGGCCUGGAUUGA